AUGGUGGAUAUACUUGGAAAGCAUGGAAAUACUGGGCAACGGAAGGUAUUGUUACCGGCAGUAACUAUACGGAGCAAAGUGGUUGUUCGCCGUAUCCGUUUCCGCCGUGCCGCCACCAAGGCAACUCGUCGCGCUAUCCGCCAUGCAAAAAAAAACUCUAUGAAACGCCAGCAUGCAAAAGAAAAUGUAUUUGCGGAUAUGGAAGACCGCACGAAGUUGAUAAAUAUUAUGGUUAGUGAGUGAUA